AAGAGAGACACGAUAUGCAAUAAAUUCCACGGAGUGAACUUUUCUCUAAAUCGUCUCACUUAAUCGCUCUACAUCGUAUACCUUCGAUCUAUUUAUAAAUAGUACUUUUACUCGGAUCUGUAGAUCACGUGAACCACGAAGCUUCGACCACCGUGAAACGACGUGCAUGUGAAUUUUUUCUUCGAUACAAACUGUCAAGCUUAUCGAAUUUUUAACGAUAACUUUCGAAGAGCAAAACAAACAUUAAUCUCUCUGAUUAAGGAAGAAACUGCACUCUAUAAAAGCGGAGAUCACUUUUGCAAGGUGAUCGAUCGAUAUCGAUGGAAAAUUUUGAUCUCGACGGCGUGUAUCGUUGUUCGUUCAACCUAACCGGCCGAUCAUUAUUCAAUCUCGUGGAUUAUGUACGUGUAGAACACUAGACCAGAAGAAGAAUAAAGAGAAUUAAUUCAACGAAUGUAGUGAACUCAUUGUCGGCAACGGUAUUGUCGAUUUACAAUUAGUCGCGUUAGUGUUGUGGAGGCGUUUGAUCGUGAGUGUGUCUCCUUUAAACACGUUUGUUCCAGUGUCUGGCCUGGUUUAUCAGUAUCUACUGAUCGAUCGCGCUCGCUGUGAAAUUCAAAUUCAAUUAGAUCGAGUCCUCCGCGUCGCAUGCGCACUGAAUGGCGACAAAGGUGUCGAAACGUAGCUCUGGGGGCGCUGGUUAUCGUGCUGCAGCGUUCCCCACAACUAAAACACAGCUGCAGCCUGCAACUGGCCUUCUUUGCUUCACUUGCAGCGUGUGUUUCAUUUUGAGCAUAAUCUGCACAUGCUUGGCCACGCUGUUGGUUCUUGUUGAUCAGAAAGUCGAAGCCGCCAACUAUCACUACUUGUUAACCGCGAUGAACACGGAAUCGGUGCCCGACUUGUCGUUCCGGUUGCCAAAGGAAGUGAAACCGCUGCACUACGACGUGUAUUUGCAUCCAGAUCUCGAGGAGGGUAAAAUCACGAUCCUGAUCGAUGUGCUCGAUCGAAGGAGUUAUAUAGCGCUUCAUCAAAAGGACCUGAACAUCACGUCCACCGCGCUCAACACGUACGACCGCGAGGAGAACUUCGAGUUCGAGCUGUUGGAUCUGAUACAGAUACCAAAGUAUGAGAUGUUCGUGGUCCCGACGAAGAACGAACUUCACACGGGGUUGUACAACUUGAAUAUAUCGCAACUUCGAAAUUCGAGCCGACUUACGCUCGAAGAGCAUAUCCCUGUUUCGACGAGCCAGCAUUUAAAGCAGAAUUCACAGUGAAGCUGGUUCAUCCCACUGGAGAUAACUAUGGCGCCUUAUCCAACAUGAACGCAGAGUGUACGCAAAUAAAUCAACCAUCGCCAGGACUGACAACGGUGACAUUCGCGAAAAGCGUGCCAAUGUCGACGUACUUGUCCUGCUUCAUAGUCAGUGAUUUUAUUGCCUUAACACAUAUGGCAAAGGGUUUGAAUGGUCGGCAAUUUCCGGUUAGUGUGUACACCACGAGAGCUCAACAAGACAAGGCCGGAUUUGCUCUUGAUAUUGGCGUGAAAAUCAUCGAAUAUUAUAUUGAUCUGUUUCGCAUUGAUUAUCCCUUGCCAAAGCUCGACAUGGCGGCCAUCCCUGACUUUGUGUCUGGCGCGAUGGAAAACUGGGGCUUGGUUACGUAUAGAGAGGCAAGAUUAUUGUACGAUAAGAAAACAGAUUCCAGCGCAAUGGCCUACGACGUCGUUACUGUGAUUAGUCACGAAUUUGCACACAUGUGGUUUGGAAAUCUAGAUGGAUUUAUUCUUAAUCGAACAAAUGCAUUCUGUUUUCGUAACCGACGCGAAACUAAGCUCUCAUCCUAUCGUGCAAACUGUUAGCAAUCCCGACGAGAUCACUGCGAUAUUCGAUGAAAUAUCGUACAAAAAGGGAUCCUCUGUGAUUAGAAUGAUGGAGAAUUUCAUAAAACCAGAGGUCUUCUACGGUGCUAUCUCCUCUUAUUUAAAUAAAUUUAUAUACCAUAACGCAGAGACUGCUGAUCUUUUCAAAAUACUACAAGAAUCAUCACCGGAUGGUUUGAACGUGACAGCCAUAAUGGACACGUGGACCAGACAAAAAGGAUUUCCAAUUGUAAACGUGAAAAAGUCUGAGAAUAAAUACGUGUUGACGCAGAAACGAUUUUUGGCCAAUCCUGACGCUCAUUUUGAUCCUUCAGAAUCCGAAUACGGUGGUAAUUGAAUUCAAAGAACCAGUUAAGUGGAUCAAGUUCAACGUAGAUGAAGUCGGAUAUUAUCGUGUUAAUUACGAACCAACCGAGUGGGAUAUUCUUUAUAACAUUCUUCAACAUCAACAUGAGACACUGUCGGUGUCUGACAGAGUACAUCUCCUGGAAGACGUGUUCAGUUUAGCUAGCGCCAGUGUACUCGAUUAUGAAAUAGCUAUGAAUAUGACCGCAUACCUAAAACGAGAAAAACACGCUAUUCCAUGGAGCGUGGCUACUUCGAAAUUAACAGCCAUCGACACGUUGCUGUCUUCGACUAUUUCUUCGUCGAAAUUCAAGGAAACUUCGAACGACAAUCUUGCGAUUAGCUUGUUCCGUGGAACACGCGGAAUGUCUUAAAGAAGCUGGAGAAUUAUUUAAGAACUGGAUCCAAGAUCCCAGAGACAUUCGACCACAUCCUGAUAUUCGCGAUCUUGUCUAUUAUUACGGUAUGCAUCAUGCUGGCGAUGAAGCAAUGUGGAAAAUCAUGUUGAAAAAAUUCACAGCCGAGACUGACUCGACAGAGAAAUUAAAAUUAAUGCGCGGACUCGCUGCGAUACGAUCCACUUGGAUUCUAAACAUAUUCAUCACAACAGCCACAGACGAAAAUUAUGUGCGCGCCCAGGAUUUCUUCAGCUGUUUAAUCGCCAUUUCCGACAAUCCUGUAGGAACACCGUUAGUCUGGGACUGGGUUCGCUCCAAUUGGGAGUUUCUAGUGAACAGAUAUACUCUGAACGAUCGAUACCUCGGCUCACUGAUCCCAUCGAUUACCAAAACGUUCUCCACCGAGACGAAAUUAAACGAAAUGGAAAGCUUCUUUGCCAAAUAUCCCGAUGCUGGUGCCGGCGCGAUGAACCGCGCCAAAGCUUUAGAAACAGUAUCGAACAAUAUAAAAUGGCUUGCCAAGAAUAGCCGCAGCCUGGAAAGUUGGUUGAACCUUUACGUACAAAAUAAUUGAACAAGAACGAACGAAGGUAAUUAUUAUUGUUGCAUUUCGCGCGAGAAGCAUUCAGAAUUCUGCUUUAAUCGACAGAAUUUGGAAAUGAAAAGGAAAUUGGAACAUGAGAAAGUAAUAUCGUGACGGCGCAAAGGAAAAUAAGAUUAUUCAUCUUUUAUUUUUCAUUUCUUUUUAAUUUAAUUUUGGGAGGUUAAACAAAAAAACGGUGAUUUUUUUUUGAAGGAAUUAUUGAAAAUUGCUAUUUCUCGCAAUCUUCAAGAAUUCGUUUCUGGUAAGCUUAACGUUUUAUGAUAUAAGGAUUUACAGUGUUGCAAAAAUGAAAAAUAAAUGCAAAGGAUUUCUGUUGAAGAAGCGGGGAACAGUGCGAUUAUCUUAAAUAUCGUAAUUUCGUUGAAUCGGAAAGUUUAUCUUCAAGUUUUAUACUGUGAAAAAUUACAUUAAUAAAAUAGGGAAAUAAGUGCGAGUUGAUUCAGUCUCUGAAAGGCUGAAAAUACAAUGCAAUUGUUCCUCGAGAGGAAUUCUCGAAAUUUUACAAUAGAAAAGAUUAUAUAUUGUACAAAGGAUCUCCUCCGAGGAUAAUGUAAACCUUUUGUACACGUGUGCUAUAGUACAACGAUUUUUAUACUUGUUAUAAGAAUUUACUGUCAGUUCAUUUUUCCAAAUAAAUAAAACGUUGUGAAGCGAAACGAACUUGCUUCGUCGCCUCGACGAAUGAAACCGAUGAUACGUUCUGUUUUCCACGGAUCAAAGGGUAAUCAACAGGAUGGAUUGAACCGGUAUAAUUGUUUUUUCCCUUCCGGAUCGGACGGAAUUGGAUCGGCAACGUCUAUUGGACGAUCAAGCUCAACGUUGUCAACAAAGAUUAGCUGAACUUUAAUUCACCCUGUAUGCCCGCAGUAUUUCCACGUCUCGUGGCUCUAUAGAACAUACUUUACCUUCGUCUGUCUUCUUCGACGGUUAAAUGCUCUAUAUCUGUCAAUGUCGUCAGUCCAGGCUGAAAAGGAUCUUCUUUGUUCGAAUUUUCCUGUGAUCGUUUGCAAGAUGUAGAGAUGUAUGGAAAGAAGAUAUGAAGUUAUUCGGAUGAUGCGAGAUUUACCCAAAUCAAUAAGUGUCAAAGGUUCUUCUCUUUCUUUCUGUAAUUGAACAAUUAUAAUUGGUAAAAGUAAAUUCUUUAUAUAUGUACAAAAUCAGUUUUAGAACUGUUUUUAUAAAAGAAGAAAUCACGAUCAUGUUACAUUCUUACAAUUAAUUUUUCUGUAAUUUCUAUAUACGUUUUCAGAUUAAUUUCAAAGUGACAACAAUGAUCGAGUCUCGUAAAAUUCACGAUAUUUUACAUAACACAAUACAAACAUAAAGUUUCCCUGUGACGAGCUGUGUACGAUUAUCGUUAGAAUUCGCUGGCGCCAUCAUACCAUGAAAAUUGACGGUUAAAUAAAUAAUUUAAGGCUCUUUGGAUUCCUCGAAUGACCGGUGAUUGUUUCGUGUACACAUAGCUAGCUAUUUAUUCUUCCGUAUCAUCGACUGCCGGAACACCAGCAGGGGUCUGAUAAUCUGUCAAUUGAUCCAUCAUUGACAAAACGAGCCGGACAAAUUGAUUCGUUGUACAAACGUAGAUCGAAAUUAAGCCUCCGUAAAUAUCGAAGCUCAAUUACGCGAGAGUAAAGCUCUUCUCGACGAGACAAAUGGAAGGAAUAAUUGCUCGCGGAAACUAAAUCUAAUGCGUGUCUGAAAAAGUAUGAAUAGGUAUCGGAAAUCAACCAUAAUCUUGCAAUUUAAAUAGAGAAAGUUUAUCUCAGAAUAUUCGUGUUGACGGUUUUCAUUUUUCAAAGAGAGACGAGGUAAGCGUUUCUAUCCUUCAAUCGGAAGAUAAAGAAAUAUAAAUAAUUACAUAAUUGAAAGUCGAAUAUAAAUCAAUAGCACGAAAUUCCAAUGGAAUUAUUCAGGCCUAUGUUACUCGCGUGUUUAUCUAUAGGAGCUAUCUAUUUUCGGCUAUACAUUCGCUGAAUGAAUGUGUCUUUAAUUAGGGUACCGAAUCGAUAUUGGUCGAGAUCAGAUUGAGGAUAGAUUUUUAGCUGAGAUUUAUUCUACUAGAUAUUUAUAGAUAGGUUUUUAAUCUACGCUACAAUUGAUAUUGAUAUUUCAAGAGUAUAUUUAUAGAGAAUUAUGAUAUGCUAUCUUUUAGAAGAAAAAUAGAAGUUUAAAUGUAAUUAUCUUAAUGUAUUUUAUAAAGAGAACACAUAUCUAUAUUAUGAUUCGUAACUUCAUAGAUAUUUAUUUCUGAAUCUUAAUGAUGUACAUAUUUGUGUAGUGAUAGAAAAUUGUCGAAAAAUUGACGAAUGAAAUGACGUUCUCGUUGUUGUAAAAGUAGUUGGUGGAACGAAAACAGAAGAUAAAAUUUACCAAAGAUUCACGAAUGUCAAAGAAGACUCAGCUUCGAUAACGAAGAAAAAUAUUCAAUUAAUCAUACGACUAUCUUUCGUUUACCGAUUGGAUUUUUGUCAAAACAGUGUCAAGGCGCCUGCGACUGGUUCAAAAUUGCAAUUUGCAUAAUGUUAUUCCUGACUUCGUGGAAGCGAAAACUGAAACAACAGUUCGAUUCGAAUCUUUCCCUGGUUUAUUUAAGUAAUCUUGAUGGAUAUUUUCUGCGUAAAAAAGAAAAUGGAGGAAACGACUUUUCCAAAACGAAAUUUCCUUCCAUUCUGAUUAAUUUGAUAAUAAAUUCAAUGAAUGCCGUUUUCUCAAUUCACGAAUCAUAUCAUCGAAUAGAUGGUAAUUGGUGAAUUUUCAAAUAUUACAGUAAUUAUACGAGAAGAAACAAAGAGGUAUGAAAAUCAACAUUGGAAUGAAUCCAAUCGAAGUGAUGAAAAAAUUGGAUUUUCAACUAUGAGAAUAAAAUGUAGAAUUUGAUAGAAGAUACAUAUACGUAUGCCAAAUAUUAAUCACACUUAAAG